ACAGAGAGACGGAGAGAGGGAGAGAGGGAAGGAGAGAGAGCCAUAAGCUGAAGGUUUUCAGUUUUCAGAUUCAUCAUCAACCGAUGAAGCCAAUGAAUUUCUGCCCUGCUUCUUCCAUCUUCCUCCUUCUUCGUGCUCCAGCUGCCAUCUCCAGCGAGUCGUCAUCCCAUUCCAUCCUCCAUCUCCCUUUCUCGUCUCCCCGUCGUCGGAGGUUUUCCUCGACCCCUAACCCUAAUUUACACGACCCCAACCAGGUCUUGAGUUACGUGAGGACAAAUCGCAGAGCUGAUGGUGGUGGUGGUGUGUUUACGAGUGUCGGUGAUGCCCUGUGUUGCUUCGGUAAAAUGAUAAAGGCGAGCCCUUUGCCUUCCUCCAGGGAUUUCAGUCUACUGCCGGGUGCUAUGGUGAGGAUGAAACACUACUCGACUGCCAUCCGGUUGAUUGAGCAGCUGCCUUCUUUGGGGAUCGAGGGUGAUGUUGCCUUGCUCAAUAUUUUGAUAAAUUGCUUCUGCCGGUUAAGGCGGGUUGAUUUGGGUUUGUCUAUUCUGGGCAGAAUCUUCAAGCUUGGGUUUCCCAUCACUGUGGUGACGUCGAGCACCCUGAUUGACGGUCUCUUUAUUCAGGGCAAAACUGAUCAAGCCUUGAGGUUCCUCGAUGAUAUGGGACGAAAUGGCCCCGAACCUAGUGAGACCACAUAUGCGAUAAUCGCCAAGGGGUUAUGCAGGACGGGUAACACCAGAUUGGCGAUCGAAUUGCUGAGGGACUGGGAAGAGAGAAGCUGCAGCAUCGAUUCCUUCACAUACGGCAUAAUAAUAGAUAGUCUUUGCAAGAAGGGAUUCAUCACAGAGGCGUUGAGACUCCACAGCAUUAUGAGCAAGAAAGGCGUCGAACCAAAUGUCGUUACUUAUAACACCUUGAUCCACGGUCUGUGCAAUGUAAGCCAGAUGGAAGAUGCUCUCAUAUUGUUGAAAGAGAUGAUGAGCGGAGGCAUCCAACCCGACAUAUUCACUUAUAGCGCCUUGGUUCAUCACUUGUGCAAGCUAGGCCAAUGGAAAGAUGCCACGGUUUUGAUGGAGAAGAUGAUGGAGGCAGGAAUUGAACCGGAUGUCGUUACUUAUACCUCUGUCAUUCAAGGAGUGUGCAAUUCCGGCCAAUUGAAAGAGGCCCAAAGACUGCUGAGUCAUAUGGUGCAAAGCAGAGUCAUGCCCAAUGUUCAAACCUUCACUGUUCUGGUGGAUGCACAUUGUAAAGAGGGAAAGCUUGUAGAGGCAGAGGCCAUAAUCAACCGGAUGAUUCAAUUAGGUAAAAUGCCUAAUAGCGUCACUUAUAAUACAUUGAUGAAUGGUUAUUGUUUGCAAAAUAGGAUGGAUGAUGCUAUGGCAGUCCUUAAUUUGAUGGCUGAGAGAGGCUGCUCACCUAAUGUUGUUUGUUAUAACACGUUGAUUAAUGGGUACUGCAAAGGGAAAAGAGUUGACAAAUCAAAAAUACUGUUCCAAGAAAUGCUUGAAAGGGGCUUGAAUCCUGAUGUCAUCACAUACAACACUCUCAUAAAUGGAUAUUGCCAGGUUGGGAAACUUGAAGCUGCAGGGGAGCUAAUUAAUGAGAUGCAAUCUCACAAUGUCUUGCUAGAUCGUUAUACCUUGAGUGCUUUCCUGGAUGGCUUGUGUAAAACACGACAGAUUGACAAGGCCAUGACAUUGCUUCGAAAGAUGGAAGGUUCCAAAUUCGUCCCAGACAUUGUGACUUACAAUAUUAUAAUGAAUGGCAUGUGUAAUGCCGGAAAGCUCGACGAUGCUAAGGGGCUGUUUGAUUGUUUGCGUGCUCGAGGUUUGCAACCUGACGUGUGGACAUGUAACAUUCUCAUGCAUGGGUUGUGCAAAGGAGGACAUAUAGAGGAAGCAUAUCAGCUCCUAAAGGAGAUGGAAGGAAAUGGAUGCUUUCCAGAUGGGGUCAGUUAUAACACAAUAAUCCAAGGACUACUAAGAAAUAACAAAAAUACUAGAGCCGUGCAACUUGUCGGUGAAAUGGUUGAAAGGGGUUUUUCUGCAGAUGUAGCAACAAUGGAGUUGUGGGUCAAAUAUCUCGUGACAGAUGGAACUUCCUUUUCAAGUAGAACUCUCCAUUGUCUCUGAGAUCUGUCCACUUUUUCAUCUGAAAUGUGAUGCAGAGUAAAUCAGAUUACCGCCAAGUUUUCUUCCAGUUGUCAUCUCACUGAGUCUCAUGUCCCAUUAAUGAAGUUGUUUUAAAUCUGGAAGACAGUUCACUAUAUCGAACCCGCCAAGAUGGCAAAUGUUUGGACGGGUGGAAGGUGGAUUUUGAUCCUCUUAUAUCUAGGUUCGGUACAAAGUCUCUGUAUUUAACUGAUACUUCGAAGAAGACGCAUACCUUGAAGUGGAUGGUAUUUGAAUCGGUAGUGGAGAAUGUUUGGGUCAAGCUUUGUUCUCAGAUUAUCACCACAGAUCAAUUACAUAGUUGGUUUAUAUGCUCUGCUUCUUACAUGCAAAUAACAGCGAAGUUUGAGGGACGGCUUGCUGACUAAGGAACAUGGCUGCAAGCGUAUGAAAGCUGCUUGAAGUAUCUUCUUCUUUGCACUGCGAGGGAUUUUCUGAAAAGCUUCUGAUGAUGGGUGAACAUGAACGUCAUUGACAAACAUUCCCAAUGCUAGACGUCUUGAGAACAACAAUCAACUUCAUCGCAGUCAGGCCCAGAUGAUGUAAAUUCCAUUGUCUUUUCCACUGCAGCAAUUGAAUUACUUUGCCGAUCAAUAGGGUUGGCCCUCAAUGGAGGUACAUUCCUUGGCAUUUUUAUCUGUUUUGAUUACUCACUCGGGAACACAUUUUUCUGUUUGCUUUUUAAGUUUCUCACUUACAAUGGGGGGACUUGCCUGGACCAUCUGCCUCUCGUCAUGCCCUCUGCUCUUUGUUUGCUGACCCAAUCGUAGUAUCGUGCAAGCAUUUUGGAGACCAGUCUUUGAAUUUACCAUAUAUGUUGAACU